AUGUCUCCACAAACGCCAAUUAUCUCACUUUUCAUCUUCCUCUUUACAUUAUUAGUCUUAUGUAACGGCACUAACAUAGAGGAACAGCUUCAUCAAACAAAUGCUGAACACUACAAACAACAUUUUCAUGAUGGGAGGUUGAUCAAGACAAAACAUAAACAUUUUGGUCUUAUGACAAGGGCUAAUAAUAGAGCUACCCUUCUUUCUUCAAGGCCUCGUGGAACGGUUAAUGUUGAUGACUUUGGAGCCAAAGCAGAUGGAAGAGAUGAUACAGAGGCAUUUGAGAAAGCAUGGGAUGAAGCAUGUUCUAGAGGGGCUUCUCUUGUGGUACCUGAAAAUAGGAUCUAUCGUCUUAAGCCAAUAACAUUUUCAGGUCCAUGCCAAACCAACACUGCCUUUAUGUUAUAUGGAACAAUCGAAGCAUGGCCUCAAAUAUCUGCAUAUGAAGAAGAUAGACAACAUUGGAUUGUAUUUGAUAGUGUCACGAAUUUCAAAGUUGAUGGUGGUGGCACUUUCAAUGGCAAUGGGAAAAAAUGGUGGCAAAACUCAUGCAAAACAAACAAAAACCUUCCAUGCAAAGAUGCACCAACUGCUGUGACUUUUUAUCAAUGCAACAAUUUGAAAGUGAAAAACCUGAGAUUCAAAGAUGCACAACAAAUGCAUGUAACCUUUCAGAGAUGCUUCAAUGUUUUUGUUUCGAACCUCGUAAUCAGAGCCCCAGGGAACAGUCCUAACACUGAUGGAAUUCAUGUCUCGGAGACACGAAAUAUUGACAUAAGCAACAGUGUCAUUGGGACAGGUGAUGACUGUAUUUCAAUAGUAAGUGGGUCCCAAAACGUUAGAGCAACAGAUAUCACCUGCGGACCAGGACAUGGAAUCAGCAUUGGAAGCUUAGGAGCUGAAAAUUCAGAAGCUGAAGUCUCCAAUGUGGUAGUGAACAGGGCCACCUUAAUGGGAACAGCAAAUGGAGUGAGAAUAAAGACAUGGCAGGGAGGUUCUGGUUAUGCAAGAAACAUCAAAUUUAUGAAUAUAGCAAUGCAAAAUGUGACAAAUCCCAUAAUCAUAGAUCAAUACUAUUGUGAUCUAGCAGAGCCAUGCCAAGAGCAGGACUCAGCUGUGAAAUUAAGCAACGUGUUAUAUCAAAACAUUAGAGGAACAAGUGCCUCAGAAGUGGCUAUCAAAUUUGACUGCAGCAGAACCAUCCCUUGCAGAGAAAUCUACGUGCAGGAUGUGAUCUUAGAACCAGAAAGCAGUGGUGGCACCAUUGCUACAUGUGAGAAUGUUAGAUAUGUGAAUAGAGGAAAGUUUUUUCCUCAAUGCUCUCCUUGA